AUGGCUGAGAGAAGAGCUGCUAUGUUUGGUACAGAAAAGGAUCAACAAAAUUGUCCUUUUUAUCUAAAGAUUGGUGCAUGCAGACAUGGUGAUAGAUGUUCAAGAUUACACAAUAAACCGAUUGUCAGUCAAACUAUAAUCUUACCCAAUAUAUAUCAAAGUCCUUAUUUAAAGAGACCUGCAGGACAACCACCUAUACCUGCUUCUGAAGAGGAAAUUCAAAAACAUUUCGAUGAUUUCUACGAGGACAUUCAUGAGGGUCUCUCAAAGUAUGGCAAGAUCGAACUACUUCAUGUAUGUGCCAAUCUUGGUGAUCAUCUCAUUGGUAAUCUCUAUGUAAAAUAUUCAACUGAAGAUGCUGCUGCUGCUGCCAUCGAAGGAUUAAAAGGAAGAUUCUAUGAUGGUCGUCCAAUUGUAGCAGAGUUUUCACCGGUAACAGAUUUCAAUGAAUCGAGAUGUAGACAGUUUGAUCUUGGUACGUGUGAUAGAGGUGGAUUCUGUAACUUUAUGCAUCUUCAUAAUCCAUCGAGGGAGCUUUCGGUACGACUGUUUGGUGAGAGAGCUGCCAGUCGUAGUCCAAGUCCACCUAGAUACAGGAGAGACUACCGCGACAGAGGCAGAGGCAACUAUCGUAGACGUGACUAUCGCGAUGAUGAUAGACGUGACGGUGACUACAGAGGCGACUACAGAGGAGACUACAACAGAGACAGAGACAGACGCGAUUACCGCGACGACUACAGAGAUUCGCGUGAUCGCUCGCGUGGCGACUAUCGCGAUCGCGACGACUAUUACUCUCGCUCGAGUGACCGCUAUCCUUCGUCGGAACAGCGCGAAAGCGGUUACAAGCGUUCGAGAUCUCGUUCUCGCUCGCGUGAUAGACCAUCGUAUGACAGUCAGGAGAAUAGUGCAGGUGUUGUCAAUCCAGCUGCCGUAGACUCCUCCACAACAAGCAAACCAUCUUCAGCCGCAACCAAAGACAGUAGCAAUAGUAGUAGCGGCGGUAACACUACAAACAGCGGCAGCAACAGUGGUAACAGCAACAGCAAUAGCAGUAGUGGCAACAACAGCAACAUCACUCUCACUAACAGUCUGAAAGACAUCAUCAAUCCAGGUUCCACUACUGAGAACAACGGAACAUCGGAGCCAGUCGAAAAGAAGAUUAAACUCGAUUCUUCAGGGUCAUCGACUUUACCAACAACAGAACCACUUUUAAGCUCGGAAUCACAAACUAUUCAAUGGGCAUCAUCAGAGGAAAGACGAACCGACGACUACGAUGUAAAGGCUUCUCUCACCAAAACUUCCUCAUCCCCACCAAGAUAA